UUUAUGUGACAGAUUCAUUCGAAAAAGAGAAAUAGGCUCGAGCAUCAAAAGAUGCAUGAUUUGGUUUACGUAAAAUAUAACCAAAAAUUGAAUGAGAGGUACGACAAAAGACAUACACUCGAUCCUAUUUCACUCGAUUACAUUGAUCACUGUAAUGAGUGGUUGGUUGGAGAGUUGGAUGGUGCUGAUGGUGAAGGCAGUGAUAGAGUUUUUGAUGGAGAUUCACUUGAUUGGGAUACUGUCUACGAGUCGUCGGGGAUUGGAGAGCCUAUCACAUAUACUAGGUCUAAGAAAAGAAAAGAAGCUUCUACAUCAUCAAGUUCUAGGAAAGCCUCAAGAACCACAACCACAUCUAGAAAAGGGAAAGGCCAAUUAGGGGAUGAAGAAGAAGGAUCUACUUCGUUGGGGGACGAUGAUAUCGAUGAGGAUGAGGAUAACUAUCUUGUGGAGGAUGAGGAUAACUAUCUUGUGGAGGAUGACUAUGUUGGGGAUGGUGAUGAUUGAGGAUGGUUUUAAUUUAGAUUUGAUAUGUAUUAUGAAUUUGUGAUGAUGACUUUAUAUUUUGAUUGUUGAACUAAGACUUAUUAUGGUAGGCAUAUUAUAUAAUUGCUUAUGACUUUAUGCUUUA